AUGACCUCUUUAUGGGGACAUUCAAAGGAUGGCCCAGACAGAGCGGAGCAAUCUACUCAAAGCACUGAUCCAGAAGAUGACGAGAAUGCGAGCUUUCAAGAACCAACCGAGCGCACGAGAUUGCUUCAUCCAGAGCCUGACCAUGGAUUCUUAAGCCCAGAUGACCCAGCUGUAUCACCUUACAAUCUAUGGACUGUACGCGCUUUACGCGGACUUUCGCUGGCUGCUUUGGCCAUUAGCUUCGUAUGGUGGACUUUCUUACUAGUUUCCAUCUUCGUCAGUCCUCCGUUGAUGCAUCCUCGGGGAUCAGGCUUCUUCGCCUUUUCAUACACAACAUUAGCAACUGGAUAUUUAGUCCUCGGCUUGCUAUUUUUCUCUGUUCCAUCAAAACCAGUAACUAUUUGUGGCUGUGUUACCACCGUGUUUCUUUUGGUCAAUAUGAUCAUAAUCUUGGCCGUGCCUCGAAUUCGACUUGAAGAAGGCUGGGUUGGUAUCGCGUCCGUCGUUUGGGCAACUGCGAUUGCCUUGUAUCGGAUUAUCCAGAAUCGUGCUGUUGCAUGGGGCAAACGAGAGGAAGAAGAGCGACUGACUGGACGGGAGGAAACACGCCGCUCGUUAAGAGAAUGGUUGGUCGUACUUGUUCAGAUGGUUGUUCUAGUCAUUAUGACUCUUGCGACCAUUCUGUUCACUGCGACAUUGACUCUCCGUUCUGGUGAUGCAUCACUAGAACCUACCGGUCAUCGGUACUCCGUUCAUGGUGAUAUCUAUCAGGUACAUCUCGCUUGCGUCGGAAAUCGUACCGACGAGAACCCGCACGAGCCUACCAUUCUGCUCGAAGGAGAUUAUGGACCUGUUGAGCAUAGCUUGCAACCAUUCGUCAACGACGCGUAUCUGCACGGGGCUAUAAGCCGAUAUUGUUAUUGGGAUCGUCCGGGAAUCGGGUGGUCUGAUAAUGCGCCAUCACCUCAUUCAGCGGGAAUGACGGUAGAUGUUCUCUCCGAAGCGUUGGCUUUGGCAGGCGAGACCGGCCCCUGGGUUGUUUUUUCAGCGGGAAUCGGCAGCCUAUACUCUCGGCUCUUCGCAAGUCGCCAUCUUCUAGAGGUCAGUGGUAUCUUCCUCAUCGACCCGUUACAUGAAGCAUAUCUGGAUGAUGUUGGGAAACCCAAUCGCGGAUUCGUUCUUUGGCUCCGAGGUAUACUUUCGCCUUUGGGUCUGGAUCAACUGGCUGGGGCUUUGGUGCGUGGUCGCUCUCGUGAAGAUCGAGUCAUUGGACGCUCGGCAUAUCAAUCUGGGAAGUUUAUCAAGGCGAAAUUGCAGGAAAAUCUGGUGGCGGUUACCAUGACUGCGGCGGAGGUACAAUCUGCGCGUCAUAUCCAAAUGGGAGACACUCCUGUGGUUGUGGUUAGUUCUGGGCAGGAGAUGCAGAAAGACCCACGCUGGGCUGAAAGACAGGAGGAUCUGUCUCAUAUUACCAAUAAGCUUCUCUCAUGGGAUAUUGUACAUGAUGCUCCUCAUGAGGUAUGGACAGAUACAGAAGGUCGCCAGAUUUUGGAGAGGAGACUUCGGGAUAUUGUGACGGAAAGCCAGCGCGGUGGCUUCAAGUUUGGUCAAUCCUAG